AAAUUUCAAUGUAUUUUAUUAUUAUUCUUAUUUAUAACUAUACAAAUAUGUAUGAAAUCGAAUGAUUUUAAAACAAACAAACAAACAAAAACAGUAUGUGAUAAACAAUUUUUAAGAUACUGGAGUAUUAUCAUCUUGAUUAAGUUUUCUUACAUAAAACAAAAUAAAAAGAUGCAAAGUGAUAUUGUUUUUAUUUCAAAACAUCAAUUACAUGAAAAUGUUAAUACAAAUUUGUAAAGAUCUAAUUUGAAUUCUUUUAUACAAUUUAUAAUCUAGAUUAGUUAAAACAAAGAAAUAUUGUAUAAACACAUUUAUAGAUGAUGAUUAUUCUUAUUCUUAUUAUAGUAAUUUCUAUCAUGAUAUUAUAAAAUGGAAUAUAGAUGUACAAAUGUUCAAAUUACAAUUUAUUUUCCCAUCAUUUAUUCAAUCGGAUUAUCGAAUUGAUAAACUGUAUUUCUUAGAAUCAUUAUUUUUCUCUUUAUUAAAAGUACGUUUAAGUUAUAGUUUUAUAUUGAUUAUUAUUAUGAUAUACGAUAUCUGGUUUACUACCUCUACAAAAUUGUUAGUCAAUAAUUCUAUUGAUAAUCGGAUGGUUAGUAAUAUUGUAGAUAAAAAAUUAUCUAAACGAUUAGUUAUCAGAUCUACUUCUAUUAUGUAUGAUAAUUUACAAUCAUCUAAUGUUGCAAGUCCUAUUACAUUCAAUGUAAAUGAAAAUACACCUAUUGGAACAAUUAUCGGUUAUAUACCUGAAUUAAUUUAUCCUACACCUUUAGCAAACAUAAAAUUCACUCUUCCGCAUAAUACAUUUUUUGAAAUUGAUUAUAAAGGUGCCCUACGUGUCAUUGGUGAGUUAGACAGAGAUGAUAAUCCAUAUUUAUGCCUUGAACCUAGUUAUCCACAACAUUGUAUAUGGAGUAGUUUUGCUAUUACAACCGAUGGUCAAUAUAUAGGAUUACGUAUUACUGUUAAUGAUUUAAAUGACAACAUUCCUAAAUGGCCACAAUCAUUUAUUUCGAUCAAUGUACAAGAAGAAAUUAAAACAACACAAAUGUUUGAAUUGCCUUUAGCUAGUGACCCGGAUUAUGGGAUAAACUCAAUACAAGAGUAUAAACUGGAAACAGAUAAGAUGGAAUCGAAAUAUUUUAAAUUACUGGUGGAAAAACAUACCAUGGAAAAUUUAAGUUUAUACAACUUUCAUUUAGUAUUAAGUGUUAUUGAGUCAUUGGAUCGUGAAAGGCAAGCUUGGUAUAAUUUAAGUCUGUUAGCUGUCGAUGGUAAUAAACCAUAUCAUACAGGUACGUUGAAAAUAACUGUUCAUAUAACUGAUGAAAAUGAUCAUGCACCAACAUUCUCAAGUAAAAUGUAUCAAGCUGUAAUAUCCGAAGACUUAGAAAUAGGAAGUGUGAUAUACUUAACUGAAAACAAUCAAACUUUCAACAAUGUUGAUCCAUUAGGUAUUCUAAGUGAUGAUUCAUCAUCUAAACUUCGUACCAAAAAUCAAUUGCAUGCUACAGAUCCUGAUGAAGGCUUAAACGGUGAAAUUGAGUACCACUAUGCUGCUUCAACACCAAACUCUGUUCUUGAAAAUUUUGAGUUAGAUAAGCAUACUGGACUCUUGUAUAUAGCUCGGACGUUAAACUACGAUAUUGGACCAAAUGAAUGGAAUUUCCAAGUAAUUGCUUCAGAUAAAGGACGUCCACCCAGAUCAAGUACAACUACGGUACAAAUCAGUCUGAGCGAUGCAAAUACUCACGCACCAACAAUCAAGCCACGUAUACAAUUGUCAGAAAAUUAUAAGCAACAUUUAUCUAGAUUGAACAUUAGUAUUACAUCAAAUAAUCAUAAUAUAUUACACAUUCCAGAAAAUGUUCCUCAUUCAAAUGAUGCACUGGUUGUUUUAACAGUAAGUGAUCAAGAUACUGGGUUGGGUGGUUCUUUUGAAUGCAACUUGGGACCAAAUGAUAUGAACACAUUUGUUAAAAGCAGUAUUUUGUCAGAUAUACCAAGUUAUCCUGACCAUAAAGACCAUAUUACAGAACAAUUCUAUUUAAAUUUCACUGGGAAAUUACCAAGGUGGAAAAUAUAUAGUAUAUACGCUACCACAACAUUCGAUCGUGAACUUGAACCUACACAUCUGUUGCAUAUCGUAUGCACUGAUGAAGGGACACCAAAAAUGACUUCCACAUAUACACUUACUGUGAUUAUUGAAGAUGAAAAUGAUAAUGCUCCAGAAUUUACUGAAAAUCAGUAUGAAAUUCAUGUUAUGGAAGAAAAUCAACCGAACUCUACAGUUGGUAGAAUUGUAGCCAUUGAUAAAGAUGCUAAUCAAAAUGGUAAAGUUAACUAUAAAAUACAAUGGCCAGAUCAAUAUAAUCAGUAUAACAAAUUGUUCAUACUAACAGAACAUGGAAAGUUAAUUGCCACACAAAGUUUGGAUAGGGAACGUGUCCCAAAUGGAUAUAAAUUUACGGUAGUUGCAUUUGAUUCAGGUAUACCAAGUUUAUCGACAAGCACAAAUGUCCAUAUUAUUUUGGAUGAUAUUAAUGAUUGUAUACCAAACUUUUCUCAAUCGGAAUACAAUUUUACUAUAGUUGAAGAUUUUAUGCAAAAUUAUACUGGACCAAGAACUAUUGGCAUGGUGGUUGCAACUGAUUGUGACAUUGGAUUGAAUAGUAUGUUAAUCUACUCUCUUCUUGAUCCCGGUUUACCUUUUGAAAUCAAUUCCCAUGGUCUUUUGAAAACAAACCGUAUUAUAGAUAGAGAGUCCCAAUCAAUUUAUCAGUUUACAGUUCUAGCUACUGAUGGUGGAGUUCAGUUAGAAAAUAGAUAUUUACCGGUAAAUUAUCAAAUUGAUGAUUAUGAAGAAGAAAUAUACGAAGUAUCAAAACAUAAAAUAACAUCACAAAAUAAAAAUAAUAUUCACACAUCUGCAGUCACUGUACGCAUAUUAGUAUCAGAUCUGAAUGAUAAUACUCCAAUAUUUGUAUAUCCAAACACAAGUGUUUUUAAAGUUCGACUUUCUGUACAUGAAAAAAAAGGAUUUAUAGUAACACGAUUAGUAGCUGUUGAUAAAGAUUCAGGUCGAAAUGGUGAGAUACAUUACAAUUUACUUAAAGGUGAUCCCAAACAUACAUUUGGAUUACGUCAUGAUACAGGAGAGAUAAUUGUAACAAAUACUAUUCAAAAAUCUAAAGAUGUUUCUACAAUUUUAUCGAUUCAAGCAUCAGAUCGUGGAGUUCCACCGAAAUCUAGUAAAAUAGAUGUUCAGAUUAUUAUCACUGACUCACCACCAAUUGGUAGAAGUCUUGGUACACUUGAUGAAUAUCAGUUGGCUAAUUUAAAAUCACUUGGAUUAAUUGGUAUCACAGAAGUGGAUAAUACUGGAACUGUUGAAUUGAAUAAACUAAUCAUGAUGUGUAUUGUUGUGUCAACAGCCAUAUUAUGCAUUAUAUUAAUUGUUACUAUUGGAGUGUUUGCUAAACGUACAACUUGUAAAAAUAUUUUCACCUCAAUAAAACAACGUCAAUCUGUAAAAAUGAGAAAGACAAGAGGAAAAAAUAGCGUUCCUGAUGUUAUUUGUAAAGAUAAUGAUGAUGAUGAUAUUAAUCAGCCGGAUGAAUUUCAAGAAGAGAUGAAAAACCUUAAAGAAAAAAAUUCAAUUGAAUUCUGUGAUGUUCUAUCUCAUGUACAAUAUAAUCAUUAUCAGGAAAUGGCUCAAAAAAGUUCACUUAUUCCUAAAACACCAAAUACCCUAGCUGAUGCAAUCAAACUUGAUCAUUUACUUCAAUUUGUUAAAGAUAAUAAUAAUAAUAUUGUUACUGGGGAUAAUGAUCUUUAUAAUAAUAAUAAUAAUAUUAAUGAAGAUACUUUUUCUAAAUCUACAUUAACAAAUUUACACUGUGAUAAUAUAUGUUCACCUGAUAUAAGUAUCAGUUUACCUUCUUAUACAAAAAAUAAUUAUACUAAUGAUACAUUAUUUAUGGGACAUUUAGAAUGUAAUCGUUUAAUUACUACAGAAAGCGGUCGAGAAACGCAUACUGAAAGUUUGCCGACUUCAGUUAUAAAUUCUGUUCCAUACUUAUCCUAUACGCAGGAUGCAGUGAUGACUCUUCCUCGUGUAUGUGCUAUUCAUGGAGCACCAGGAACUGCAAUGAAACUUCUCGCUCUUCCAUUAAAUGAUUCAUCAUAUCUUGGUUGCUCUGAAAUGAACAGAAAUCUCUGCACCUCAUCAUUGAAUGACGCUCCUGUUAUUGAUUCAGAUGUCGAUUCUGGUCGUGGUGGCAGUGUAAAUAAUAUUGGUAGUUCACCAAACAGUGACCAAAUUACUCUAAAUCACAAUGUUUCUUCCCGUAAACCAGAUGCUACAGUAUUCCCGGUUCAUUAUGUCACUGGUAGUCUGAAUUUCAGUUUAAUUCCAGUAUCUGUAGCCACAAGUUUAAAUAUAACUCCAUCUACAUCAUCUAACCCACCUGUACUUUUACCUUUAUCCGAAGUACCAAAUGUUUCAACAGAAUCAACUUUAUUAAACCCUAAAAAAUAUUCCAAACUAACUGGAGAUAAAUUAAGAGUAACAUUUGCUGAGAAUCCUAAUGAAGAAGAAAUUUCAUCUCAAUUAACUAAUUCAUUAGAUGGUACAAAACCAAUAAUUCAUUAUCCUACAGUUUCACCUGAUCCGGUUAAAAAAGACAAAGGCCCUUGGCGCCUUAUACAAUGUACAUCAAAUAAUGUUAAAUUAUAAUUUUUAAAAAAUGUACUUAAAUUUUAUUCUGGAAUAUCAAUAUAAAUUAUAAAUAAUUCUUUUUGAAUGUAUCAGUAAUUUUUUUUUAAAAUAAAGACUUAUUUCAUCAUUA